AACGGAGAAUCCAGCAAUUACAAAAAUAAAGAACUCUCUUUUGAAAACAAAACAGCACGUGAAAAGAACAUAACUGGACGACCACAAUCACCCCAAUGUAAGGACGACAAGAGUUGCAAAAGUCGCUGUGGCUUUGAACGACAAUUGAGCAAAAAUAAUCACCAAUCUUCCUGUUUCUGUGAUCCAGAAUGCAACACGGUCUUUAAAGACUGUUGCGCAGAUUUUCAUCAACAAUGCAAUACGAGCUUCUUGCUAGAACAUCAUAUAGGAAGUGAGUUUGAUAAUCGAUGGAAGUGCAUGGAUGUUGACCAUCACAAUAUUUGGAUGAUCCGAAAAUGUCGACCGGGCUGGAACGACGACGACGUUUUACGAAGAUGUACCGAGAUGGAGCCAAACAAUACUUCCCAACUAAUUCCCGUCAUUGAUCAAUAUAACAAUACUUUCUUCAAUCGAUAUUGUGCAACUUGCAAUAACGUUACAGAGUUCAGCCAAUGUGAGUUUGACGUGUACUGUGACGUCAAACAUCCUGCAGGCUACUCUGAAAGACAAUGGGCCGUGUUCCUUGAUUUCUUCUGCACAAAAAAAUCAUUAAAUUUGAAACAAACUUGGUGUAAAAGAUAUUGUCAUAAUGUUAGUUCGGAAUGUUUAUAUUCCAACGAUCAAAAAUCAGUUGUAGGUUGUCAAACUGGUUUGAUAUCAGUGUCAUCAUACGACACUUAUCGUAACUGGGAUUGUGUUGUUUGUAAUUCAUUGAGUGACGGAAUCGUUUCCAGUGCUCGAUGCGGACCAACAUUAUUUCAUUUUACACCAUCUGGAAAGCGUUCACCUUUAUUUUAUUUUAUUAUACACGCUUCACCUUUAUCCAUUCCUCAAUACAAAUAUCUACCAGAUCCAAUACACAACCAGACUUCACGCAUCAAUCUUCUUGAAAACGUCACCUUCAAAGACGUUUUAAAACGAUAUGCUGUCAUUUUCGAGUACCAGGACCUCCAGGACAGUUGUUGUAUAUCUUUAUCUAAAGGGUCAGAGGAUGUCCACUUGGUGACUAGGCUCAUAGAUGUCUUUAAGAAACUUUUAGAAAUAAAUAAAUUUAAUGGGAAGAAAUUCGAAAUUCAUGCAUUUUAA